AUGGCCGCAUACCAGACUGGCCGGUCAGCACAGCAGUCCGACUCUCAGGCGGAGGCAGCGUGUCAGCCUGCUGCUGGUGCGGCGCUUGCGCGUGGUGAUGGAGCGGCGAUUCCUACUGCUGCUGGAGCGGCGAUUCCUACUGCUGCUGGAGCGGCGAUUGCGCCUGUUGCUAGUGCGGCGAUUCCGAGUGCCGCUGGUGCGGCGAGUACGUCUGCUUCUGGCGCGGGGUUUCAGCCUGAAGCUGAGGCGGCGAUUCUGACUGCUGCUGGAGCGACGUUUCCGACUUUCGAUGGUGUUGCGUUUCUGCCUUCCGAUGGUGCUGCGUUUCCGCCUUCUGAUGAGAUUCCGCUCGAGGCUGGAGCCACGCUCCCGUUUGCGGAUGGAGGCGCAAACCAGCCUGGUGCUGGAGCAACGUCUCCGUCUGCUGCUGGAGUCGCGUUCCCUACUGAGGUUGGAGCCCCAUUCCAGCCCGCUGCUGGUCAGGAGUUUCCGCCCGCGGCUGGAGGCACAUUCGAGUCUGAUGUUGAUGCAUUUGAUGCUCUUCUGGACGAGGAGGACGAGUGUGGUGGUUAUAACCAGCCAAUGGACCUCGAGGCGCAGCUAGAGAAAGAACCCGUCAUCCCCGAACCUGGGUAUAUGCACGAGUUGAUGGAAAAUCGUGCGACAAAGUCUGCAUCGCCAACUGUAGACCGUGCGAUGUUUGAGGCCCAGGCCGCGCGGACCCGCCAGUUGGAGCGCGAGCUUAUGCAAGCGAGGAAUGAGAUGAGAGCCAUGCAGCGACAAUAUGCACCCUCACAUCAAGGCACUGGUCAACGCGAUGGGCAGCGAUUCGACUGGGAGCUCAACACCGAUGCUGAUGCAUGUGGUUGGAACGACGCAGAAAACAGUGCGGAAGCAAACGGAGGGCUGUCAGGUGGGGCCGGUGCGGCUAACGGAGGGCCGUCAGGUGGUUAUGGUGCGGCUAACGGAGGGCCGUCAGGUGGUGCUGGUGCGGCUAACUUUGGGCGGUCCGUUGGUGCUGGUGCGGCUAACGGAGUGCGAUUUGGGACGGCUGGUGCGGCUAACGGAGGGCUGUCAGUUGGUGCUGGUGUGGCUAACGGAGGGCCGUCAGUUGGUGCUGGUGUGGCUAACGGAGGGCCAUCAGUUGGUGCUGGUGCGGCUAACUUCGGGCCGUCCGUUGGUGAUGGUGCGGCUAAUGGAGGGCGUCUUGGGGCGGCUGGUGUGGCUAACGGAGGGCCGUCAGGUGGUGCUGGUGCGGCUAACGGAGGGCGUUUUGGGGCGGCUGGUGCGGCUAAUGGCGGGCGUCGUGGGGCGGCUGUGGGAAACUCAGACAACUACGAGCGUCCCAUGGUCUUGGUCGAGCCAAAUCGCCCUGCUAUCAUCGACGUUGUCAACAAUGCGUACUCGAAUGGAGCCACGCUCGACUUGCAUCAACUAACUCGAAUGCAACGGACGUGGGCGCACCGAUAUGCAAUGGCAUUGGCCUCUGUUCCGGCGAAGCACAACGGGUUCACGGUAGGCCACGAUUUCCUCAUUGUCCCGUACAAAGCCUUCCUCUUCUCAUGCGAUCUCUCCUCCCUUGGCAGGCGCGCUCAGUCCACCCAUACCCCCAAGGCCCGCCUUACCCUCCUCACGUUGCUUUGA